AUGGAGGGUGUUCAAACAGUGGAUGUGAGCUGGCUGCAUCAUUCGCAAAAAGAUAAUCUCUCUCGCACCAAGUCAGUCUCCUCGACGGUCAGCGACAAGCCUGACACGGAUGGAAACGCUGCGGCCACAACCAAGUCGGGCAAAUCGCACCGGAGAUCCCGAUCGAACAGUAGCCCGGCGCGCUCAGCGUACGCCCAGCAGUCAGCGUCCUCGGAGCAGCAGGCGAAAGGAACUCCACAGAAUGAUCCGAUUCCAGAAGAAAAGGUGGUAGAGCCGGAGGAGAAACCUACAGACCAAAAACCCGCUACUCCGUCGCCGAGUACGCAGCGGAGCUCCCCCAAACCCAUCGGAAGAAGAAAUUCGUGGAUCUCAAGUUUGAGCUCGAAGUUUUCGUCUGGCUCAACCCCGCCAUCGCAGUCCAGUCUCAAAGGGAACUCUACCAGUCCGAAGACGGCUUCGCCCCUCGACUCUUCCAACUCGUUCGGGGCAGCGUACGGUCCAAAGGACAAGGAGGAGGAACAACAACAGAAGAAAGAAGACCCCGGUGUCCCUGUGGUCUCCUCCUCGCCGAAGGGUCCGUCAUUCUUGCACAAUGCUUUGCGCAAAUUCUCCUCCAACUCGGGCGGGCUUCCUAAGUUACCACCAGGCGGAGGAGUAUGCCAGCGGCGCGUGUUGAACCUGGACCCGUAUCGAGACCGAUGCAAAAUUGCGGAUCUGAACCAGGCGAAAUUACAUCGCGUGGCCUUUUGUGUCGAUGUGGAAAUCGCAGGGGUGUCUCAUCGCGACUCGGAUGAGGAGGCUCCUCCAACGAAUCAGCUACGACAAGGACCUUUACCGGAAUCCAAUGCACAGAAAUCUAAAAAGGCAGAUGUCAAGACUAAGGAGAAGGGAGAAGCUGAUGCUCUGAAGCAUCCUGAGACUGCUGUGCUCGAAAAGGAAACCUCUCCCUCGGCCACUGCUCCUGCUAGGGACGGUGGUGAUGCAGCUGUCCAACCUUCGGCCGCGCAGCCUUCAAACCCUGUUCCCACCGCUGAAAAGAACCCCCCGUCCACCACGGAAAACGCGAGCCCUUCAAGCGAUCCAAAGCCCGAUGCAAAGCCGAACGGCGAGGGCAAGGAACCAACAAGAAAGCAAGAGAAGAAGAAGCGAUCGGAAGAGGAAAGACGAGAGCGAAGGGAAAAGAAGCGGAGACAAGCUGUAGCCAAUGGCUCGGUGCCGCUGCAGCUAGAUGCGGAGAUGGAUGAGGAUGAUUCACGAACACCAACACCUGAUGUUUCACGCAAAACGCAAAGCCACCCGACCACAGACCCUGUCCGCAUCUACCGCCGGUGCUGCCAGCUACGUGAGACUCCUGUCCUUAAAAGAGUGGUUGAUGAGAUCUCUUCGCCGUCGUCGACGCUGGCCGAGUCUCCUGGAACGGUGGGGGCUCUGGACCUCAGCAAUUUCCCCAUGACCUCGCAAGAUAUCGCGACCUUCAGCGACUGGCUUGCAGUAGUUCCCGUUCGCAAACUCAUUCUCGAGAACUGCGCUUUGAAUGAUGAGUCUACGCGGGCUAUUCUCGCAGGGUUGUUGGCAACCAAGACCGUUGAACAGAUGCGGUAUCGGCGGAGACGAGCUCGACGGCCAGAGUCUGUCGUUGCUAAUGACGAACGAUAUGGGGUAGUGGAGAAGCUGUCGUUGAAGAAUAACCCAAAGAUUGGCCGCGAGGGUUGGCGCCACAUUGGUCUUUUCAUCCACCUUUCCAAAUCUUUGAAGGCUAUCGAUCUGUCGGGCAUUCCUUUUCCCAAGAUACGUCCGGCCAUGGAGGGCCAGGCUUCCAAUCCAGCCCUAUGUGUCAGCACUAUCUUUGCCAAUGCCCUGGCCGCACGGUUCAGUGGUGACCAUCUUGAAGAACUGUUGCUCAGUGAAUGCAAACCUUCUGCCGAUGACGUCAAGAAUAUUUGCGAAGCGGCGACUAGUAUGGGUUUGCGACGACUAGGAUUUGCCAAUAACAACCUUACGAGAGAAGGCCUGCAACAUGUGGUCGAGUAUCUCAAGGCUGGGCAGUGUGAGGGUCUGGAUUUGGGAGGCAACCCCAUUAAGGAUGAUUUCGAUCUCCUAACAGACGCUAUUGAGGCCGAGCAAUCUCUGUAUGCCUUGAGUUUGGCAGACUGCUCUUUGACACCCACGACUCUAUACCCCCUGCUUCAAGCCCUUACGCGGCUCCACAACCUCCGCUUCAUUGAUUUCUCGCAUAACCCUGAGCUCUUCUCAACGCAGACCCACGCUCUUGGACUGUUCCGUCGUUUCCUGCCGAAGAUGCCUUCGCUAAAGCGCAUUCAUCUUGCCGAUGUCAACCUUUCCCCCGACCAUGCCAUCAGCCUGGCUGAGAUUCUGCCUGAAUGCCCCAGUCUCUGCCACUUGAACAUCUUGGAGAACCCCCAGAUUGGUGCUUUGGCUUCUGCUACCGACCCGACCACUCAGGAAGAAGCCUGCGCCGUCUACGCUUCGAUGAUGGCGGCUGUCCGUGUCUCGCGGACAAUCAUUGCAGUGGACAUCGACAUUCCCAGCGCAGAGAACAACGAGGUCGUGAAAGCCUUGGCAUCGCAGAUUAUGGCAUAUUGUUUAAGGAAUCUUGAGGGCGGGGCUAUCGCUGAGGAACUGUCUGACGUGAUCGGCCCUACCGCAGACAAGGAUGUCCCCGUACCGGAUAUCCUACAGCAUAUUGUUGGCAACGCACCUAUUUCCGAAGAACCAUUGGAAGCGGAGGGCGAGCCCGCUCCGGACGAGGACUAUGUCAUUGGCGGCACAGGUGUCGUGAAGGCGCUGGGCGUCUGCCUUAGCAAUCUAGACCAACAUGGUGGUAUUAAUGCCCUGGGAGGUCACUCUCCUUUGGCCAGUGGCACUACGACCCCUCGACGAUUGAAGUCUCGGGACGUUGUCACCAAGAGACCUCGUGACAUGUCGAAGAAUCUCCUGGAAUCGGCGCGCAACAUUCGGGCCCGAAUCCAAACUGCCUUGAUUCGUGAGGAUCGUGCUGGCAAUGAUGCGAACUAUAGACGUCUGCAAUUCCUCGACUUCACACUCCACCGGAUGAUCCAGCGAUUCGAAGAUGAAUAUCCCGAAACGCGUAUUGCAGGACAAGGUCCGCCCGCAAUUAUCGCCCCAGACACCAGCUCGCAGCAUUCCGGUGACCAGCUCUCCGGCGACGGUGAAGACGGAACCAGCGCCGCCGCCAACACGAACAACGUUCUCCUUGACAACGAAAAUGCCAUUGACGAUGAAGAAACCGACCAAUACGCUAUCCGUCUCUCGCGCGCCAGUUCGAUCACCUCUCUGCACUCGCGCGCCAUGACCUCCGAGGAAGGCCACGUGCACCGUCUCGGCCAGAACCUGCGUCGCGACUUGCUCAUGAAUCAAGACGGUGAGGACAAUGAGUCUCGCGUUGCGGCUCUCCGGGAGAAGCUCGACCGUCUGCAUGACGAGCAGCCUGGGUUCGAGGGUGACAAAGCGGAUAAGGCGUUUGAGAAGCUCGGGUCUACCGUUGAUGAGCUUUGGGCUGCGCAGCAGCAGGAUGCGGAAUCUUUUGAGCGCUUCCGGCAGUCACAGCUCGCGGCGCAGUGGAAUGCUGGUGUGCGGCAGUCGCCUGGUGAGCCCUCGUCCUAG